CCGCCAGUUGGGGACUUUUGGGUGAUCAAGGCGCUGCUGGGUUUUCAAGGAGGUGAUGGGGCUUGCUCUGGCUUGUCUUCCCACCCAAGUGAAGAGUUGUUGAUGUUCACUGGUUAUGCUUAGACAAUGUACAGUUUGCUUUAAUUUAAAAUUGCGGGGGUGGAUAAGGGGGUCUAGGCUUGGGAAGAGCAGCUCGGAUCCGGUGGAACUCCUCUUUGUCCCUGGUAGGAGAGACACCCCCAAGUCUGUCCUCGAUGCCGUCAGCCUUGGCCAUCUUCACUUGCCGCCCGAACUCACACCCGUUUCAGGAGCGUCAUGUCUACCUGGACGAGCCCAUUAAAAUUGGCCGCUCCGUGGCCCGCUGUCGACCAGCGCAGAAUAAUGCUACCUUUGAUUGCAAAGUGCUGUCCAGGAACCAUGCUCUCGUCUGGUUUGAUCACAAGACGGGAAAGUUUUAUCUUCAAGACACUAAAAGUAGUAAUGGUACCUUUAUAAAUAGCCAGAGAUUGAGUCGAGGCUCUGAAGAAAGUCCACCAUGUGAAAUUCUUUCCGGUGACAUUAUCCAGUUUGGGGUAGAUGUGACGGAGAACACACGGAAAGGUACGGUUACCCAUGGGUGUAUUGUUUCCACAAUAAAACUUUUCCUACCCGAUGGUAUGGAAGCCCGGCUCCGCUCAGAUGUCAUCCAUGCUCCAUUACCAAGUCCUGUUGACAAAGUUGCUGCUAACACUCCAAGUAUGUACUCUCAGGAACUAUUCCAGCUUUCUCAGUAUCUUCAGGAGGCCUUACAUCGGGAACAGAUGUUGGAACAGAAGUUAGCCACGCUUCAGAGGCUGCUAGCCAUUACCCAAGAGGCUUCAGAUACCAGUUGGCAGGCUUUAAUAGAUGAAGAUAGACUCUUAUCACGGUUAGAGGUUAUGGGAAACCAAUUGCAAGCAUGCUCCAAAAAUCAAACAGAAGAUAGUUUACGGAAGGAACUUAUAGCGUUACAGGAGGAUAAACACAACUAUGAGACUACAGCCAAAGAGUCCCUGAGGCGGGUUCUUCAGGAGAAAAUUGAUGUGGUUAGAAAACUGUCGGAAGUUGAGCGAAGUCUUAGUAAUACUGAAGAUGAAUGUACCCAUCUGAAAGAAAUGAAUGAACGGACUCAGGAAGAAUUAAGAGAAUUAGCCAAUAAAUAUAAUGGAGCAGUUAAUGAGAUUAAAGAUUUAUCUGAUAAAUUAAAGAUAGCAGAGGGAAAACAAGAAGAAAUCCAACAGAAGGGACAAGCUGAGAAAAAAGAAUUACAACAUAAGAUAGAUGAAAUGGAAGAAAAAGAACAGGAGCUCCAAGCAAAAAUAGAAGCUUUGCAAGCUGAUAAUGACUUUACCAAUGAAAGGCUAACAGCUUUACAAGUACGGUUAGAACAUCUUCAAGAGAAAACUCUUAAAGAAUGCAGCAGCUUAGGGAUACAAGUUGAUGACUUCUUACCUAAAAUAAAUGGGAGCACAGAAAAAGAGCACUUGCUUUCAAAGAGUGGCGGGGACUGCACUUUUAUUCAUCAGUUCAUAGAAUGCCAAAAGAAGCUGAUCGUCGAGGGGCACCUAACCAAAGUAGUAGAAGAGACAAAGCUUUCAAAAGAAAACCAGGCAAGAGUGAAGGAAUCCGAUUUGUCAGAUACUCUGAGUCCAAGCAAGGAGAAAAGUAGCGACGACACUACAGACGCCCAAAUGGAUGAUCAAGACCUAAAUGAACCCCUUGCUAAAGUGUCCCUAUUAAAAGCUCUUUUGGAAGAAGAAAGAAAAGCCUAUCGAAAUCAAGUCGAGGAAUCCAGUAAACAAAUACAGGUUCUUCAAGCCCAACUACAGAGGUUACACAUCAAUAUCGAGAAUCUCCGGGAGGAGAAGGACAGUGAAAUCGCAAGUACGAGAGAUGAAUUGCUUAGUGCCCGAGAUGAAAUUUUACUCCUUCAUCAAGCGGCAGAAAAGGCUGCCUCUGAGAGGGACACUGACAUUGCUUCUUUACAAGAAGAGCUUAAGAAAGUGCGAGCUGAGCUUGAGCGGUGGCGGAAAGCAGCAUCUGAAUAUGAGAAAGAAAUCAUGAGUUUGCAAAAUAGCUUUCAGCUUCGGUGUCAACAGUGUGAGGACCAGCAGAGGGAAGAAGCAACCAGGCUGCAAGGUGAACUAGAGAAGUUGAGAAAGGAAUGGAAUGUAUUGGAUACCGAAUGCCGUUCUCUAAAAAAGGAAAAUGUUUUGCUAUCUUCAGAACUGCAGCGGCAAGAAAAAGAAUUGCACAAUUCUCAGAAGCAGAGUUUAGAGCUUACCAGUGAUCUCAGCAUCCUGCAGGUGACCAGGAAAGAGCUUGAAAAUCAAGUGGGAUCCUUAAAAGAACAGCAUCUUCGGGAUUCAGCUGAUUUAAAAACUCUUCUCAGUAAGGCUGAAAACCAAGCAAAGGAUGUACAGAAAGAGUAUGAAAAGACACAGACUGUACUCUCAGAACUGAAGUUGAAGUUUGAAAUGACUGAGCAGGAAAAACAAUCAAUCACAGAUGAGCUCAAACAAUGUAAAGACAACCUGAAGCUGCUCCGAGAGAAAGGAAAUAAUCCUUCCAUAUUACAACCCGUCCCAGCCGUAUUCAUCGGCCUAUUCCUGGCUUUCCUGUUUUGGUGUUUCGGUCCAUUGUGGUAGAGAAAGAAACCCUGGCCCUGGAUGCCCAUGUUGGCUGCCCUGGUUGCGGUGACAGCCAUCGUGCUGUACGUGCCAGGUCUGGCCAGAGCUUCUCCAUGAGAGCGUUUCUUGAGUCCGUACACCGUCCUCCCUCUAGAAGCUGGCACCACACUCAUGCUGGGGACAGACAGAACCAUUUUCUUCCUUUUUACCUCUUAAAACAGCAGAAGUGCAAGAAUACAGCUGUAGGGUCAUUGCUUUAAAGUAUAUAAAAUGUAUCUGUCUAUAAAGAGGAUAUAAAAUUGUGACUCUUCUACUGUAAGCAAUAAUUUGCUUGCAAUUUUUCAUGUAAUUUUUAAAUGAGUAUGUUUAAAUUCUGAAUAUUACGGUGGCCUAAAGUAGGCUUCUUGGUACACCAAAUUAUUUAUAACAUUAAAUUUAUGGGUAUUUUACUCUGAAUUCUAAUGGCCAGGUAAUUCUUUCUUUUUUCUUUUCUUUUUUUGAUUCGAUAACUACCCAAACCAAACAACUGAUACAUACAUGGGAAGAGAGGCCCUGUGUGCUCAGUGCCUAUCGGUUUGAAAUAUAUACACAUAUAUAUAUAUUUUUUACAUAUUUACGCCAUUUUUACUUGUUAUAAAACCACUGAGCUAUUGGGAACAAGACUUAGAUACAACUGUUUGCGUGGAUUUUUUUUUUUUUUAAGGAGAAAUACACUUGGAAAAUAUUCUGUUCUAGUGAUGAUUUGGGGAAUAUGUGCACGCUUGUUCAGCCUUAAUGUGACUUGAUGAUAUGGUGGACAUCAACUUUGAGAAACUUUCCAUGAGAGUGCGUAUUUUCUUGAGCAAACUGAAGUAUUUCUGGGAGCAAAAACAUAGUAAUUAUACAGUUUCAGUGCAGUAAACCAAACUGUUGAGUCAAUUGGAAUGUAAUUUAUUAAACCUCAUGUAUUUAAAGAGAUAUUUUUCUUUAAAAACCAAGUUACUUUCUCAUAUACAGCAUUUUAGGAAGCAUGAUUUUUUUUUUUUUAUAUCAUCUCUUCCUCCAAGCAUGUUUAAUUGAAGAAAGAAUUAAUAUCUCUUUAGAUAAGUUUUUACUGACUUAAUUUGGUUAUGAUAUUUCAAAGCUAAUUCGUGUUCAAGGUGAGCUAUUUUACCUACCAACAGAUUUCCUGGUUGGGUAUAUAAAUGGUAAUUUUCUUUUUAUCGUUGUUAACUGGGACAUUCUGUUAAUGAGAAGCACUAUCCCCAAGAUGAAUAGUAUUCCAUGCACAGUGAAGCACCUAAGCACUGCUUGAUGUUGCAAAUUUAAAACACGGAAGUGAAGGUUUAGCUAUGGUUUUUGUACGGCACCACAGUUAUGUCAAUAAAGAUUAUUUAGGUCAUAGAAUAUCCUGAAGUAUCACAUAGUUAAAAUUUUUCAGUCAGUGAAAACUGGGAGGGAAUGUCAGUGAACUGGCUUGAAUGUUCUGUGGCAACCCACAGGCCUAGCCAAAUACUGAAGUAGAGUUUAGGAUAUAAUUUGCCUUGUGAUGUUUGGCAGUCAUUGUUUAUACUUUAAAGGUUAUAUUUUAAGCUCUUUGGGAUUUGCUGUUGGGAGGAUCACUAGACUUAUGGAGGAAUUAGUCACAAAUUGACUUGUAGAAAAUACUGUCAUGCAGUUCAUUUCAUCUUUUUCUGUUGCAGGAAGCCACUCCACCACAGAAUGCUAAUAUGCCAGUGGUACCCAGUACCUCUUGUAUAUAGGUUAUUGCAAAUAUUGUUCUGAAAUGCUUAACUUCAGAAUUACAUUUUUUAAAGUAAAUAAUUGUUUAAAUCUAUUUUGUAAAGAUAUAAAGUACAAUAGAAUUUCUGGAGUACAGAUUAAACUAUUUGCACUAACACACGUGAUGUGCAUGAUUUAAUAAAAUAACUUUACU